GCACGCUGCAGCGGAAAGCAGCGGACGGCUCCGCCAUGUCCUAUUGCAGGCAAGAAGGAAAAGACAGAAUUAUAUUUGCGACCAAAGAGGACCAUGAGACACCAAGCAGUGCUGAGCUGGUUGCAGAUGACCCAGAUGACCCUUAUGAAGAACAAGGAUUGAUAUUGCCCAAUGGAGAUAUCAAUUGGAAUUGCCCGUGCUUGGGUGGAAUGGCUAGUGGUCCCUGUGGGGAGCAGUUCAAGUCAGCCUUCUCAUGUUUCCAUUAUAGCACAGAAGAAAUAAAGGGAUCAGACUGUGUGGACCAAUUCCGUGCCAUGCAGGAAUGCAUGCAAAAAUACCCAGAUCUUUACCCUCAAGAAGAUGAAAAUGAAGAAAAAGACAAGUCAAGCAAAGAUUUGGAAGCCACUCCUAUGGAAGCUUCUGCUGCCAAAGAGGAGAGGGGGUCUAGCUAAUGAAGAUGUAAGGAGGCUGUUGUCUCCAUUUCUCGUUUUCAGAGACAUGGACUUUUGCAGUAUGUCUGUCUGCUGAGUUGUCAAGAAAUGUUUCACCAUUGUUCUAUGCACUGUAUCAUAGCAAGUAAUUUAUUGCUGAAGGAGAAGUCUCAGUGCUACAGCCUUGCAAAUAAAUACUGCACAGAGAAUGAGCAUGUGUAAGCACUGUGUAACCAGCUAGCAGACACAUUUAAUACUUUAACAGCUGGUUUUUACCCUCAACUUGAAUUUUGACUUGAAUAAUGUCUUUAAAUAUAUUGCUUUCAACUAAAAUUCCAUUA